AUUUUAGAGAGAACUAGUGCUGAAACAAGCGCAGAUCAUGUGGUUUUGGCCUUUUAAACAUGCGAUCCAAGCGCCAGGGCCUAGCGUGGCAGUCUUAGAAGCUGAACUACAUCCGUAAGCUCGAGAAUGGCGUCCUGGUUCUUUAAGGGUGUGUGCCAAGGGGCGGAGCCUAGAGCGGAAGUUGUAACUCAUUGCCGAAGUCCGGCAGAUGAAGGGCGGAAGUAGAAUGUCCAAUCGUGCAGUCAUGGCGCAGGAAGAGGCAGAUGUUAGAGACUACAAUUUGACCGAGGAGCAGAAGGCGAUCAAGGCCAAGUAUCCGCCAGUCAAUCGGAAGUACGAAUAUUUGGAUCAUACAGCGGAUGUCCAGUUACAUGCGUGGGGAGAUACUCUGGAGGAAGCAUUUGAGCAAUGUGCAAUGGCCAUGUUUGGUUACAUGACAGAUACUGGGACUGUGGAGCCCCUCCAAACAAUAGAAGUAGAAACCCAAGGAGAUGACUUACAGUCUCUUCUGUUUCACUUUUUGGAUGAAUGGCUUUAUAAGUUCAGUGCUGAUGAAUUCUUCAUACCCCGGGAAGUGAAAGUACUUAAUAUCGAUCAAAGAAAUUUCAAAUUACGGUCAAUUGGGUGGGGAGAGGAAUUUUCAUUGUCCAAGCACCCUCAGGGAACAGAAGUCAAAGCAAUAACAUAUUCAGCAAUGCAGGUCUAUAAUGAAGAGAAACCAGAAGUUUUUGUGAUCAUUGACAUUUAAGACACCAAAAAAGAAAAGAAAAAGACUCCUGGGAAGAA